AACAACAACACCAACACCAACAUCAACAACAACACCAACACAAACACCACCAACAACACCAACACAAACACCACCAACAACAACACCAACACCACCAACAACAAUAACAACAACAACUCACCGCCAGAGAUAGAACCUCCACCAUCUUCACCUCCCUCCACUAAUCUGUCAUCUCCAACUGCUCCUACUCCCACACCACAAACACCUUCACCACCUCCUACUGUCCCUUCACCUCCAACACCGUCCUCACCACCUCCCCCCACCCCAUCCCCAUUAACCCCGCAAUCACCGCCUACUCCCAUACCUUCUUCCCCAUCACCUCCUACGUGGUACCCUGCUCCACCACCUCAACCAAAGAAAGCCAAGUGCAAAAAUAGCAAUUAUCCCCAAUGUUAUGCAACUGAGCAUGUUUGUCCUGCUUCUUGUCCUAAUCAAUGCACAGUUGAUUGUGUUACCUGCAAGCCAGUUUGUACUUGCGAUAUGCCGGGAGCAGUGUGCCAAGAUCCUCGCUUCAUUGGUGCUGAUGGCAUCGCUUUCUACUUCCAUGGAAAGAAGGAUAAAAAUUUUUGCCUUGUUGCCGAUAACAAUCUCCACAUCAAUGGCCACUUCAUUGGCAAGCGAAACAAAAAUAUGGGCCGAGAUUUUACCUGGGUUCAAUCCAUUGGGGUUCUUUUUGACAAUCAUAAACUACAAAUCAGUGCUCAAAAAACUUCCAACUGGAAUGACGACAAUGAUCGUAUCUCUAUCACAUUUGAUGGGGAAACUAUCUAUCUACCAGAAACCGAAGGUUCUAAAUGGCAGUCUUCCACAACAUCAAUCACUCGGGUUCAAGAUGCCAACAACAUCAUUGUAGAAGUUGAAAACCUGUUCAAGAUUAUAGCCAAAGUGGUUCCAGUAACAAAAGAAGAAUCAAGAAUCCAUAACUAUGGUAUAACCACUGAUGAUUGCUUUGCUCAUCUUGAUCUCAAGUUCAAGUUCUUCUCGUUAAGUGAUGAAGUGGAUGGUGUUUUAGGCCAAACUUACAGGAGUGACUAUGUGACCAAGGUGAAAAUGGGUGUGUUAAUGCCUGUGAUGGGUGGGGAUAACAAGUUUGUGACUACUGAUUCAUUUGCGACCGAUUGUUCUGUUGCUAAGUUUAAGGACAACAACCAUGAAAAUGGUUCAUCUUUGAACUUGGAGUUGCCAAGCCUUAGGUGUCAAAGUGGUUUGAAUGGAAGAGGGGUCGUGUGCAAGAGAUAGAUUUUUUCUUCUUGUUACUCAUAUACUUCAUAUAAUUACUAAGUGUAACAAAGAUGUGUAAGACAAUAAGGAACACGAUUUCCAAGAUAUUGACCAAAUAAAAAGACUUUUAUCUCAAUUUUAAAACAUUA